AUGUAUGUGUCAAAUAAUACUCUAUUUGUAAUAUUACUAAAUUACCCUUUCAAAAGCUUAUACCUCGGCUUGGACGUUCAGCAGAAGGAGACUCCUAAAGAUACGAUUCCUCCUAACACGACUGGGCCUCGUAGACAACGAUCUUCCAGAUCUAUUUUUUAUUAUGCAGAAGUCCCGUCGUCAAGGAGGCAAGAACUAUUCAUCAAAAAAUUGAUUCAAUGUCAAACCUUAUUUGACUUUACUGAUCCUUCGUCUGAUUUAAAAAACAAAGAUAUCAAAAGACAAGAGCUACAAGAAAUGCUGGAAUAUGUGGCAACAACUAAAGGUGCUAUCACUGAUGUUAUCUAUCCAGAGAUUGUUAAAAUGUUUAGCGUAAAUACUUUCCGUACGAUAUCGCCUCAGACAGUGCCAGCAAAUGAGGUCUAUGAGCCUGAUGAGGAAGAGCCUGCGCUUGAAACAGCUUGGCCACAUCUCCAACUAGUCUAUGAGUUGUUCCUUCGCUUUGUUGAAUCACCAGAGUUUAAUCCUCAAGUUGCUAGAAAGCACAUUGAUCAAAAGUUUGUUCUCCAGCUACUGGAGCUAUUUGAUAGCGAAGAUCCACGAGAAAGAGACUUUUUAAAGACAAUACUGCACAGAAUAUAUGGCAAAUUCUUAAACCUACGAGCCUUUAUUCGUAGAUCAAUCCACAAUAUAUUCUUUCAAUUCAUAUAUGAAACAGAACGUUUUAACGGCAUUGCUGAAUUACUAGAGAUACUUGGAAGUAUUAUCAACGGCUUUGCCUUACCGUUAAAGAAGGAGCAUAAAACUUUUCUUUUCCGAGUACUUAUACCUUUGCAUAAGCCUGCUUCUUUACCAGCCUAUAGUCCACAAUUAACCUACUGUGUUGUACAAUUCAUAGAAAAGGAUCCAGAGCUUAUUACCGAUGUUAUCAAAGGUCUGAUGCGAUAUUGGCCGAAAGUAAAUAGUAUAAAGGAAGUCAUCUUUUUAACAGAGAUAGAAGAGAUUUUGGAUGUUAUUGAUGCCUCAGACCUGGAAUUAUUCAUGAUUCCUUUCUUUCAGAAACUAGCUCAAUGCAUCUGUAGCCCUCAUUUUCAGGUAGCAGAGCGGGCUCUGCACUUUUUUAAUUACGACAAUGUUAUUCAUGUACUCAGCGAUCAUAUUGAAGUCCUUAUGCCUAUUGUCUUUCCACAUUUAUACAAGUACUCAAAGGAGCACUGGAACAAGACGAUACAUGGACUUGCUUACAAUGCAUUACAGUUAUUGAUGAAGAUCAAUUCAAGCCUUUUUGAUGAAUAUGCAGAGAAAUAUAAGGAUGAAGAGGGAGAAACUAAAAUAUCUGACAUAGGGAAUCAAAAGAAAAGGUCAAUGAUAGAGCAAUGCUAUGGGAUCAAUUGA